AAUGUUCAUCGAUCGAAAUGUCAGUGUCUCUUCAUCAGCUAUCAACGCACAAACGAAUUAUAAUAUUGUCGUUUGUCCUACACUCUGCGAGAAUAUACUCUACCCGUAUAACAUAUACUCACUCAUUGAACAGACUGCCGAAGCGCCGUCUCAAGAAUCAUCCGUCGUCGAGGAGCAGAUCCCGAGACAACAGAUACCGUAUACCGCAUAAUAUCGUUUAGGUACAAGUCGUGCGACGCACCUACCACACUCGAACAUUUCGGGAAAAACAAUUUGUGCACACCCAUCUAAAAAUGUUUCUGUCGUACGCCGUCGUGCCCGUGUUCGUUUUCACGAUACUGUUGAACUUCUUCUGCCUGUACUCUCCCAUCGGCUCGCAGGAGACGCCCGACCUGAACUUCACGACUUGCGAGGCAUGUCUUAACUCGACAUGUCACACGGACACGAACGGAACGUGUACGCUCAGCCAAGACAACUCCACGUUCGUGUGUGUCUCUUGCCCGAGCGAUGGGGAAGUUCCUCAGUUCCCCAGCGAAGAAUCCUGCCAACAGGGCUGCCAGGACCAGACGAAGGAGUGUGUCUGCGACGGGCCGUGUUACUCGUGCGUCGUGUCGGCGGGCUUGGACAAAUCCGCUUUGGUAUGCGACGUGCCCACCCUGAUGGUGGACACAACUUGCGCAGUGCUUCCGUACGGCCCACCUUCCGCUUCUCCCGGUUCCGAUAAUGUAACCACCGGGUCGUAAUGAUGAUUUAGGUAGACGUUAGAUAUUAAUAAAUUCAACUAUGAUUUUAUUUGUUCGUAGAUAAUUAACUCCCCCCCCCCCUCCAUUACAUAAUAUUAUAAUAUGGUAGGUAUGUACGCAUCCGAUCACCGCCGCGAUGAAUAUAUUUGUAUUGUUAUUAUUAUUAUUCUCACGGUUUUACGUCGCACAAUAUUCUCGCAUAGUGACCGCCGCAGGGACCCGUCCUCGUGCAUGAUUAUUAUUAUUGUUAUGCCGGUGCAACAGUGGCUUAAACUAUACACGAAAACGAGGCCUCGUGUCAUAGGUAAGAUUCCUUUAAUAAAAUGGACGAUUUUUAAACUACCCCGAUUGAUAAUACAAAUAUACAGGAGUAUAACGGUCGCCCGUUACCAGACAUUUUGUUUGUCUGUGUAAAAAAAAAAAUAAAAAAAUUCUUUGAACUAUAUUAUUGUUACUCAAUAUUCUUUAUGCUGUUUUAUAAAUUAUCUAUUGUAUUUUUAUUAUUAUUACUAUUAUUAUAUUAUACAUACCAUAUAGUUAAGCAGUUUAAAAUACGUUUGUAAUAUUAUAUAUUAUGUAAUCGGUGCACCUAUACCAAUACAUGUAUUAUUUCAUCAAUAUUAAACUAUUACUCCGUCACCCAUA